AUGACAGGCAACACUAGUUUUGAUUGUGAUGGCACCGAAUCGGCGACGUCGGCUCAAUACAUUACCAACGUCACUGGCAACGUGCAUGUGUCGGACGGAAACCUGCUGUCGAUAUAUCCAAUACCUGAGAGAUAUUCCAUUCCAAUAUACGUGUACGCCUCACCAAUUCUUCUCUUGAUGACAAUUUUCAGUAACACGAUGGUAUGUGUUGUCCUGUUUAAGCGACACAUGCGCUCGCCCACGCACGUUCUUUUGACUGUCAUGGCCAUAACCGACACAUUGACAGGUUUGUUUCCAGUUCCAGUUAUGGCGUACUUCUUUGGAACAGAAAAGGUGAAAGACUUCGUACAGUACGGUUGGUGUUUUGCGUACGACUACCUGACAAUGUACAUCCCCACUAUUUUCCACACGGCAUCUAUAUGGCUGACCAUGGCUCUGGCUGUUCAGAGGUACAUCUGCGUCUGCUAUCCCUUCAAAGCAAGGACAUGGUGCACGAUCACCAACGCCAUCCGCGGAACAGUCAUCAUCUACGUGAUGGCGGUUCUCAGUCACAUAUGCAGGUUUUUCGAAAAGGACAUCAGUUCUGUUGUUUUGCCGUCGUUGGUGAACGAGAACGAAACUAUCACAGCCUGUUUCAUCAUUUGGAAACCUUGGCUGAGAGAUUUCGCCCAUGUUUCACUUUACUAUAAUAUAUACUUCUCGUUUCGAGUCCUCUUCGUACAUAUCGUCCCGUGUGUUUCCUCAGUUGUACUGAAUGCACUGCUCCUCAACAAUAUGAGGCAGGCAUCGAAGAGGGGGGACGCAGUAUCAGAGAGAGAACAAGACGUCAGAAUCUGUGCAGAAGACGCAACCCAAAAUGGGAUCUUCCAAGGGAAAGAGAAAGAUGGGACGACAUUUUACUUGCUGGAAGCUACUCUCGGCAAAAUAGAUUACAGAUAG